AUAUUUAAGUAUUACGAGCACGUUCUAUUCUAUUGAAAAUAGUGUCGAAAUGUCUUCACCAGAACAGUCGGAAGAAGAAAUAUCGUUGAGCGCAGAUGAAAUAAUUCUUCAGUUACAAAAAACCAGGGAAUGGCUAAAUACUGUGAUGGUAGAUUACCACGCAAAACUUGAAAGUGCAAAAGACAGUGCCAGACCAGGAAAUAACAUUGACCAGAUUCAAGAGAGGAUAACUGAAUUGCAGAAGGAACUGUUGGAUGCCUCAACUAACCUCAAACAAAAGGAACAGAUUGUUAAAAGAAUGCAGUUAGGAGAAUGUUUAUCACAGAACUUGCUCUCUGCAUGUGAUGGGGAUCAAGGUGCUGGAGAUUUAGUUACCAGAAACAAAGAGACAGAAUCCCUUUUGCCUCUUGUACAAAGGCAGAUGGAAUUGGUAACCAAGAUUUUAGGCAUCCACAAAGCUAUGCAGACCAUGCAUGUAACUGUCGGAUGCUAUCAAAAGGAUCGCCUGCAAAUGAUGAAACAGUGCAGAGAGCUGCUUGCCCAAGCAGAAAAACAGAAUGAAGAGAAACAACAAAGGGGUGCAGAUUUUCAACAAAAUGAGGAAAUACAGGAUGCUAAGCGUAGUUUAGAAGAGGAAUGCAGUAAGAUAGAAAUGCAACGCCACGUUUUGCAGGGACUUAUACUUGGCAGUGGAAUACACUGGGCAGAAGAUGAAAAAUUGAAAAAACUGGUCAUAAGUUUAGGACAACCAUUAGAUUUAUAAGACUUUUGACAGCAAUAUUUAAUUGUGACAUGCAAGACGCUUCUUUUUUUUUCUUUUUUCAUAAAAUUAAAAAUUUAACAUUUUAAGGAAUUGACUGAAAAAGAAUCUGUUCUGACGUGGGCAUUUCUCACUGUAGUCAGCUGUGCUCAGCUAAACCAGAUAAUUUCCUGAUUCAUAAAGUAUCUUCCCCUAGAUAUGGUAAACAAAGAAAAAUGUCAAGUGUUUUAUGUAUUGUUAAUGCAGAGUCGCAUAAGACAAGGUUAAAAGUUAAAGAUAUCGUAAGUUGCAACCUUUGGAGAAUACACAUAAUAAUAAUGAUAAUAUGUAUUUAUUUGCGACUUAAAAAGUUGGAUUUUACAAUAAAAACAAAUA